CGAACAUCUGGCAGUUACGGAUGUAAACAAUGGAGGGCUUUCGUCUUGUCACUUUUGCCUUAUUUGUCCUCAACGAAUGUGUUUUUUCCUUCGAUAUUACUGGCGGUUUCUUUGGUCGGCAGCCAAAGCAUCCAAAUCUCCGCUACUAUGAAGUCAUUGAUUCCGCAGCCUUCAAUCACCAUGUUGUUAAGAGAGGAAUUAAAGAGAGCAAUCAUCGCUUCAAUAAGAUAAAAGAAGUCCAAUUCAGUGCUUUAGGAAGGGAUUUCCGCUUGAUUCUCAAUCCCCGGAAAGGACUUCUUCACUCACAGUUCAAAGCAUAUGCCAUAGAUGGUGCAGGAAAUGAGAAGAUCAUUCAUGUGGACCAUGAGAACUUUUACGAAGGCCGUGUGUUUGGAGAGAAGAUGUCGGAAGUGUCAGCCCACCUGGAGGAUGGAGUCAUGACAGCAACCAUACACACUCCUGAUGACACAUACCAUGUAGAGCCAUCAUGGAGACAUAUACCAGAUGCCAAAGACGAUUCAAUGAUCGUGUAUCGAGGAUCAGAUGUGAAGUACAGCUGGGAAGACAACCAUCCGACUCUCAAAGGACAUAAAAUGUGUGAUUACGUCAAGGAAGGAAAUGAAACAACAGAGAUGGAUGAAGAAGAAGAAUGGAUAGAAGGUUAUGAGCCUCCCAUCGAAAGCAUUCCUGAGACUCUGCCUGAGGAGCUCAGCCCCAAAAGGAGAGUCAAGAGACAACAGGCAGAACCUUACAACUUCAAUGGGGACAAGACACGAUGUCCGCUGUUACUAGUGGCUGAUUACCGCUUCUUCAGGGAAAUGGGUGGCUCUAACUAUAAGACCACAGUCAACUACCUGAUCAACCUCAUUGAUCGUGUGGACAAAAUCUAUGAAAACACUGUUUGGAAGGAUGGGGUAGACACAGCAGAUUUUUCUGGCAUGGGCUUUGUCAUUAAAAAGAUUUUAGUGCACCAGGAAUGGUCACCUGUAGGUUCUAACCAAGUUCACUAUAAUAUGGAACGCAGCUCAUGGGAUGUGCGUAACCUCUUGGAGGUGUUUAGCCGAGAGUACUCCCAUAAGGAUUACUGCUUGGCGCAUCUCUUCACCGACAUUAAGUUUGAAGGGGGAAUCUUGGGCCUUGCUUAUGUAGGAUCUCCUCGCAGGAACUCAGUUGGUGGAAUCUGCACUCCAGAAUACUUUAAGAAUGGACACACUCUCUACCUGAACUCCGGCCUGAGUUCAUCCAGGAACCACUAUGGGCAGAGAGUGAUCACUCGUGAGGCAGAUCUUGUCACCGCACACGAGUUUGGACACAACUGGGGCUCAGAGCAUGACCCAGACCGACCAGAGUGCAGCCCCAGUGCCAGUCAAGGAGGAUCAUAUCUCAUGUACACAUAUUCUGUGUCUGGUUAUGACAUUAACAACAAGAGGUUCUCCCCAUGCAGUCUGAGAGCAAUCCGUGCUGUCUUAGUAGCUAAGUCCUCUCGCUGCUUCACUGAGCCAGAAGAGAGUUACUGUGGCAACCAGCGUGUAGAAGGCCAAGAGCAAUGUGAUGCAGGACUAGUAGGUCAGGAUGAUGUAGACUUGUGUUGUGACAAGCACUGCAAACUGAGGGAUGGGGCAACCUGCAGUGAUCGUAACUCGCCCUGCUGCCACGGCUGCCAGUACAUGAGUCAGGGCGUAAAAUGUAGGGAGCAACAGCCAGCUACAUGCGAGAAUGAGUCCAGGUGUCUCGGCACUACAGCAGUCUGCCCCAAAGCCAAACCCAUGGAUGAUGGCACUCCAUGCAUUGAGAAGGGCCAGUGCCACCAGGGAUCCUGCCUUCCCUACUGUGAGACACAGGAGAUGCAGAGCUGCAUGUGUGAUACCAUUGAUGACGCUUGUAAAAGGUGCUGUCGCAAGACACUAAAUGACACCUGCUUCCCCGUCAUGCCCUUGGAUAUUCUCCCAGAUGGAACUCCUUGUAUUCAUGGGUUUUGUAACAAGGGGAAGUGUGAGAAGACGGUGCAGGAUGUUGUAGAACGUUUCUGGGACAUCAUAGAGGACAUUAAUAUUAACACUGUACUGAUGUUCUUGCGGGACAAUAUUGUAGGGACAGUCAUCAUCAUCUCUGUCAUCAUCUGGGUUCCAGCAUCAUGCAUUUUCAGUUAUGUUGAUCGCCGUCGACAAGAGGACUACUGCAAAUAUGUCCGUUGGUAUUAUAGCAAUGAGCUUAUUCACCCAACUGACAGUGUUCGCAUUAUAGACAGCAAACGUACACGGAUACAUGAGCCUGGCCGUGUCCAAGAAGCAACUAACCGUGUGCUAGAGUCUGGUGGGCGUCCACACGACCCAGGGACACGAGCACACGACACGAGAGAUCCUCCUGAAGGUGCAGAAAGCCGCCAGAAUCUCAAUACUCCUCAAUGCCCUCCAGUGUCACAGCACUACACAAGUGCCAUGUAGUUGUGUGACUGUGGAUUUCGUUUGGAGAAAUGGUGAUAUUAUUUUUUAAUCCAGAAGAAUUCUUUUGGAAAGAAUGUAGGACUUUCAUGUGACUGCCAAUUUUACACUUUUAGAUUUAACAGUUCCUGGAGUAGUCCAUAUCAAAUCAGUCCUUUUUGAUAAAGCUGUAUAUACAAAAAGCAUUUGAGAACAGUAGUCACAAUCUGAAGAAUCAGCAAGACCCAGAUAUUUUCUAACUUUUGAAAAUUGAUAGACAUUCAGUGUAGAUUAGUGGGCAGCACCAACAGCUAACACACAUGAUCAUCCAUUGUGCUGAAGUAGCUGACAGCAGUGUAGAUGAUAAGUAGAAGGGCAUUAGGUCACUAUCAGGGAUCUCAUAGUAGCUUGGAGUUUGGAGCAUGGAGUGAACCAUGUCAUUGUGGAAAUGUUUGUUAAAGUAUUUUGUUCAUGGUUACUACCAGUAUUUAUAAUGAUCGUGCAAACCAAAGUUUCACUCACUUCAUUGAUCUCAGUAUUUACUAAGGAAUCAAUAUUUUUUACACCAAUUUAAAGUUACAUAAACCAAUAUAUACUUAUAAAAAGAUAACUUAUUAAUGCCAAAUAUUUUACUUCAGAAACAUUGUAACACAAGCACACACCUAGAUAGAUAAAUAAAAAGAUAACUUAUUAAUGCCAAAUAUUUUACUUCAGAAACAUUGUAACACAAGCACACACCUAGAUAGAUAAAUAAAAAGAUAACUUAUUAAUGACAAAUAGUUUACUUCAGAAACAUUGUAACACUAGCACACACCUAGACAUUUCAUAAUAACAUUCCAGAUAUUCUAAGUAUUAAGGCAUAUUAACUCAUAUUUCAGGAAUUUCUGCGGUUGUGACAUUUCUUUAAUUUGUUAGAAAAUCUUUUAGAAAAUUUGUUUGGAAUGAAAUUAUGUGGAAUACAACUAGUUACGAAACUUUAUCUUUAUUGCCAUUUGGCGAUGUCAUUUGUUUCUUGGUAGAAUUAUUAAAAGAUGUUAAGGUGAGCUUUUAUCCAUUAUUAAGAUAAUAUGUAACAUAUGUAGACAUCUUCAGCUAAGAGGCAGUUACAGUAAUUAUAGGAUUUAAGUUGAUGUAAUUCUAGGGUUUAUUGUUUGAUAUUUAUGUAUCAGAAUUGUAAAUGAGAUUUUCAAUUUGAAAAUAUUGAAUAUUUGAUUUUGUAAUUGUAUGAAACUAAUAACAUUCUUUACUGAUUGGUGAUGAGAGAUAUGCUAUCACAUAAUGGCAAAUAAUUAUAGACUAUAGGAUGACACCUCAUUGUAUCAUAAGUCAGUAUUCCAAUCACCAAGAUGAGGUCGUGAACCUUCCUGUGACAGGCAAUCGCCCAAGCGCAGAAUGGCGCACAGGAAUGUAUUCCCGUCCUUGCAUGACAUUGCCCAUUCUGUAAGUUUAAUGCAUCUAAAGACUAAUAGAUGCUAUAUGUGUUUUAAGUAGUAUCCCUGUAGUUAAGUUUUUGCCAUUUAGACUAAUGUUCUGUCCUAGAAAAGGUCCAUCAAUGGAAGUCUUGCAGUGUACAUAAUUCAUAACCUUUCAGUGGACAUAUUCUCUAAGUACCCUUUUCUUUUAAAUCAGUAUUCUCAUCUUCUUUAUAAAAAUCAUAUUAAUUGUCCAGUUGUACUUGGCUUGAAGACAUCUUUGCCUUACAGUAUUGGCCAUCAUGGUAGGAUUAAUUAAUAUAUGAUCAUUUAUGUUAAUAGUGUAACAUUUUGCUUGAUUAUGUUAUCAGUGUGACAGAUCACAAUGGCAAUAAGAUAUGCAGUACUCCUCAGAACUGUGAGUAGAGAAUGUGUUAAAGUAUGAAGUGACAAGAAUUUCCUAACAAUGGAGAAGGGACACUUGCCAAUGUACUAUUGGAAUUCCUAGAGCAUUGUUUUUUUUUCUUUCCCCCACCAAGUAUAAUAAAGUCUGCUAAAAAAUACUGAAAAUAUACUCAUUUAGUCUUUUUAUAUUUGCAUUUUGUUUUUUAUAUAAUAUAAACAUAAUUUGAAGCUUUACAUAAUUUUAAAUACCACCUUCCAUUCUGAGGACAGUUUAUGAAACUGACAAAUAUAGAAAAAAAAAAUUCCAAUAGUAUUCAUUUUUCUUAGAUAUAAUUUCCUACACUCUGCUUUUCGUAUUUGUGCUGGAAAAGAGGCAGCCAUCUACUCUGCUUAAAAACUUCUUCAGUCUACCCUGAUUCAGAAAAGUGCAGCAGAAAAGGAUAUAG